GGUCCCCCUAUCAUCACUGUUAUCCAGCUAACUGAAUUUGUGCCUACUGUAGGUCCCCCUCUUCCUCUAUCAUCUCUGCGUCUCCUGAUCCCUCCACUGCGGCUGGUGUCUGCAGCUCUAUGGCAAGUUGUUCAGCAGAGAGACAUCAUGGACUACGGGUUGGUGGAGGAGUUUGUCACCACUGUGUUGGAGAUAGUCCCUGAUAUGAUGAGUUACAGGGAGAGAGUCCAACUCGUCAUGGGGCUGCGAGCACAGGUGAGCGAUGGUGCUGAUGGGUGAAGAGGGAGUAGCCAGAAGUCCUCAACUCUCAUCUCCUGAGGCGUAUUCAUUAGUGUACACCGUAGUACCUUACCAUAUGCUAUGAGGCUUUUUAACACAAACCCUUAGGGGCCGCAGGUAGCCUGGUGGUUAGGGGCGUUGGGCCAGUAACCAAAACGUUUGCUGAAUCGAAUCCCUGAGGCCACAAGGUAAAAAUCUGUAAUUCUGCCCUUGAGCAAGGCAAUUAACCCUAAUUGCUCCAAGGUCUCCGCGGGCGUCUCAGGGGGAGUGGGAUAUGCAAAAAAAAACAUUUCCUCACACUACAGGACUAUAUAAGCACCCCCUAAUAAUCGUUAUUAUUAUUAUAUUCAUUGAUGUGCUGCUUUUAUCGUCUUUGUGUCCUUGUGUUUUUAUGGCGUAUUUAUUGGUGAUGUAUGUAUUGUCUGGGGCAAUCAAAUUUCCCCUCUGGGGGAUUAAUAAAGUACUAUCUUAGCAAAAUGUUUUUGCAACAAAAACGACAAUUUCUUAUUUGACACUUUCAUAUGGGUCCCUCCCUGUUUCGGGCCCAUUUGCUUCCGUUCGGUUCCUAGUCAAUACACUUUCUAUUUUUGUUGGCCCCACCCACCAGUCCAAUUUAAUUGCAUUCAUAACAAAUUGAACUUUUACUAAUUCAGCUGGUUCUGGAGUUGUGUCGCUCUGAUCACCUAGCCAACCCUGAGACCAUCCAGCCACACCUGAACAGGAUGAAGACCUGUAUCAUCACUCAUGGGGACAACAAGGUGAGUGGCACUCAAGGAAUCACUCUGCAGGUGUUAUGUGCUGACUAGUUUCAUUUAUUGACUGAGCUAUCCAUACUUGCUGUAGAUUUCGGAUCCUGAGAUGGAGGCAUCAGAAUUAACUUUCUGGAAGCUGAUUCAAACUCUGUUGGAAGACCCAGUUGAGAAAGAACACUUCUUUCAGGUCAGUGUUGUGACUAAAAAGCUGAUAACUAACGGGCGAUUGUAAAUCAUUGUCUAGAUCAGAAAGUACUGAAACCCUCUACCUGCUUGUCUCCUAGAGCGUUUUUCCAGAGGAAUUUGGCCCCAAGUAUGACUCAGCACUGCAGACUCUGGUGUGGGAGUUCCUCUCCAGGCUGGAGAAGCUGCUUCCAGCACCAACCCUUCAACAGGUACCAAGCUAACAUCUUAUUACCUUUAUCAGGUACCAAGCUAACAUCUUAUUACCUUUAUCAGGUACCAUGCUAACAUCUUAUUAUCUUUAUCAGGUACCAAGCUAACAUCUUAUUACCUUUAUCAGGUACCAUGCUAACAUCUUAUUACCUUUAUCAGGUACCACGCUAACAUCUUAUUACCUUCAGCAGGUACCAUGCUAACAUCUUAUUACCUUUAUCAGGUACCAUGCUAACAUCUUAUUACCUUCAACAGGUACCAUGCUAACAUCUUAUUACCUUUAUCAGGUACCAAGCUAACAUCUUAUUACCUUCAACAGGUACCAUGCUAACAUCUUAUUACCUUUAUCAGGUACCAAGCUAACGUCUUAUAAUAGAAAUGGAUACGUUGCCUAUUUUUUAAAGCCAUUCUCUUUCCAUUAGACUGCAUCAUGGUUCCUACCUGACCCCUCUGUCCUGGAGGAGUGUGUGCAGUGUGUGUCCCACCCUCAGCCUUUGAAGACCCUUCUCCAGCACCACAACAACACAUGUGGACACGUAGACACCAAUGGUAGGAGAAAUAGACUUUGGACAGGAAAUCAUUAGCAGAUAGCCUGUAACAUUUCCAUGUUAGACACCAAUGGUAGGAGAAAUAGACUUUGGACAGGAAAUCAUUAUCAGAUUAUGAGACUUUUCUGGACCCCUCUUCCCGACAGCUAAAGGUCCCAAAGCUUCUGUGCAUGUGCAGGAUUCUUUACUUCACGCACAGUCUCUGCUCUACUAGUAGAGAACCUCCCUUCACUUUGGACAGGAAAGAAUGUUCUCAGAUAGCCUGUAACAUUUCCAUGUUUGGCUUUGUUUUAAUAUUGACUUUUCUCCUUCUACUGUCUCUAGCUCUGUCUUCGGGCGACAAUCAGAUCCUCGCUUCAAUGUCUCUCUCUUCCUUAGUGAUCGCUGAAGCCAUCGCUGACCCAGAGGUCCAAUCAGAACCUGAGCAGAAAUGUAUGAGCCCUGUCUCAUCUGACAGUGAGCCAGAGAUGACCUCUUUGUUGGAACACAUGGAGAGUGAACUGUUGCCUUUGAAUAAAGAGGUGAAGCCUGCUUUUUUGGAGGUAGCGUGUAGACACAAGAAAACAGCGAAAAACAUAAAACACAAAGAGAUGAAAAAGAAUACAUAUUUUGUCCACCUUCAAACUGACAGUGGGCUGAAAAUCCAAGGAAAAGGCCACAGCAGCCAACAGGAAGUGCAGGACAUUUCUAGUUUGUCUACUUCCUGUCGUCUCCGUCAGCCGACAGUGCUGCUGCACAGACUUGACAUUACUGAUAUGCUGUUACCUGUGUCAGACGUCUCUCCACCACUGAAAGUGGGAUCCCAAGGACAGAGAAGAGGACAGGUCAUAUCACAAAAGAGUGAGAGGAAUGUCAAUGAAGAGCCCUCUGAUGGUCAACCUCAGAAUUCUCUGGCCCCUGACCCAUCCCCUACUACAGGGCAGCCUAAAAGAAGCAAGCGUGUCAAAAUAUGCUCCUUGUGUGGAAAGACUUUCAGCGAAGCAAAGGAUUUGACGGCACACAUGAGAUCUCACAACGAGCAGAGCCCUUACAAGUGCACUCAGUGUGGACAAGACUUUGAACACCAUGAGGACUUACUGACACAUCAGCAGAAUGUGUGUGAGGAGGCAGGUCAACCAGAAGAGGACAACAUGUCUACAGCAUCUUUAAAGGAGGAUAACAUGUCUACAACAUCUAUGAAGGAUGAUUGUACAGAGAUAUCCCACCCCCAUGACACUUUACCCCAGAACAAAAGAGGUCCUUAUGUUCAUCACACUCCAAAAGCCUUCCAGCCAUCCAAAGCCAGACAAAUAUGUCAUGUGUGUCACAAGACUCUUUGUAAUGUAUUUAUGCUGAGAAGGCACCUGAAAUCUGUACAUGGUCUGCUCCCCUACCAGUGCUACAACUGUGAGGCAAGUUUUGGGAAUAACCCCGAUUUGAAGAAACACAUAAAAGAGUGCUUGAAGACGAAGAAACGCCACCCUUGCUCUCUGUGCGGUGUGACCUUUGAGCCAAAUGAGUGUCAAGAGGGGAACCAACAGCAGUUCAUAGCUGCAGUAGAAAAUGGUACAGCGAUACCCCAGACCUCCAGUUCCACACCCCAGAAUGCAACAGCCUUCAGUGCUCUGCCCGUUCUGAUACAGUCCUCCAGUAAUUACAGAACAUGUCUUCUGUGUAAUGAAACGUUUGAUACUGCAGCGAACUUGAGGAUACACCUAAAAUGUCAACAUGAUGUACAUCCUUACCCAUGCAUCAAAUGUGGGGAAAGUUUCCCAAGCAUAUCAGAUCUGCGGAUACACGAGUGUUCAGGUCAAAACAUUCCAGACUCCAGAAAGUGUCCGGGGUGCAGGAAUAGGACUUCUCAAUCCACACCGCAGCAGUUGAAGACAAGUCAGGAAGUGAACCUUAGAAGACACCAGACAGAGAGGCCACUAGUUGCAGCAGAAAACGAGAUGGAGAUCCCUCAGUCCUACAACACAGAUGUUGACUACUCAAAUGACUCGCUGAAACACCAGCCAAACAAGUGUGAGGAAAUGAACUUUCAGAGAGGACAUCAAGACUGGAGUGAGGAAGUUGAUCCAAACCAGGAUCCAGUGGAGGUUGAUCCAAACCAGGAUCCAGAGGAGGUUGAUCCAGCACACAGCAGUAGUUCUCUGGUUCCAAGGGAAGUUGGGACAGAGAUUCCCCAGAGCCAUACCACAUCACCCCAGAACCCAACAACCUCCAAAGCUCCCCCCACUGGCGUUAUUUUAAAUUCUAGAACAUGUCUGGUGUGCUAUAAGACUUUCUUUAACAGAGCAAGCUUGCUUCAGCAUGUGAGACGUCACUCACAGGGUCAGGGACCGCACACAUGCGCCAUAUGUUCAAGGAGCUUUGGUCGAGCAUUCGAUUUGACAAGACAUCAGGCCAGGAAAACAGGUUGUGGGUCAAUGCACCGUAAUCUCGUCGUACAUGAGAACGCUCCUACAGAAGUUAAACCGGUCUUCUCUUGUCCCCAUUGUCAGGAAUGGUUCACGAGCAAAAAUAAACUGGAAACACACAUGCUAUGUCACACAGGGGAAGGGUUCACGUGUAGGUUUUGCGGCAAGAUGUUUGCUAAACAAUAUAAAUUAUACAUCCAUGUUCGUUCGCAUAUUGACAGACCGCAUCUAUGUGAUGCAUGUGGUAAGGAUUUCAGAACUAAGUAUGCAUUGAAAGUACACACACGUGUGCACACAGGAGAGCGACCAUUCUCUUGUCCAGAUUGUGGCAAAAGAUGUUCUUCGAAGGGUAAUCUGAAAGCCCAUCAACAGAGUCAUACAGGAGAACGUCCAUUUGCGUGCCCCCUCUGUAAAGUACGCUGUCGCAUUAAGUCGCAACUAAAAGUACACAUUUUAACUCACACAGGGGAGAGGCCUCAUAAGUGUUUGGCUUGUGGGAAGACUUUUCAACUGAAACUUUUGUUGAGGAAACAUCGGCUAGCUUCAUGUUCU